CCAAGAGCGGAGGAUUCAAAUAACGCGUACAUACGCUUGUAAUUUCGAAGUGGAACGACCCGAUUAAACGACUUCUCACCUGCUGAUAACUGACAUCUAGCUGCUUGGCGCGAAGCCCGUGGCAGUUUUUCAAACAUACGCUCCUCGAGAAAGCUGAGGAAUAGAAGAGGAUGGCAUGGCACUGCAACGGGGUAACGAAUCAAGAGAUGGUCGCAAAGCUGAAAAGCGCCGGGAUAAUUGGAUCGGAUAAAGCAGAAGAUGCUAUGCUGGCAAUUGACAGAGGGAAAUAUUGCCACGAGUCUGACCCUUACUUGGAUAAGCCAAGAAAAAUUGGCUACAACGUCACCAUAAGUGCGCCCCACAUGCACGCUUACGCCCUGACAAUGAUGACGGAACAAUUGUCGCGGAAAGGCGCCCACGCCCUGGACGUAGGCAGCGGAAGUGGCUACCUCACUGCUUGCAUGGCUCACAUGGUUGGGUCCGGAGGACUCGUCGUCGGCCUCGAGCACAUCCCCGAGUUGGUUGAAGGCUCGAGGAAAAACGUCGAACUGGACAGGCCCGAUUUAGUGCAGGACGGGCGAAUCAAGUUUGUUGUCGGGGAUGGUAGACUAGGACAUGAAGCGGACGGUCCCUACGAUGCAAUACACGUUGGUGCCGCGGCUGAUUCUUUGCCUGAAACCUUAGUAAGCCAGUUGGCGCCCGGCGGUCGUCUUCUAUGCCCCGUUGUCGCAAUCCAAGGAUUUCAACGGUACCAGGACUUCGUUCAAGUCGACAAAAAUCCUAACGGAUCUAUAACGACGAAAAAAUUAAUGCAGGUCAUGUACGUUCCAUUGACCGACGCUAAGGCUCAGCUAGCUAAUUUAAACUGAAUUAUAGAAGAAAAAAAAAAAUUAACAGCAUCGUUUUAGUCGAGUCCGCAUAAUUUCAUACGAUUCCUAAAAUGCUCUCCAGCCAAAUGCCAAAUUAAUUGGUCAUAUAUUUCUUAUAUAAAUUGCAAUCCGCGUGUAUCGCAUUAUUCACAUACGUUAUACGCGGGAUCGCGCAAAAUGAAAAUUCAACGGUAAAGUACGAAUUUUGGAAGUCGGAGUUGGCAAAGAGAGAUACAGAAGAAAGAAGAGAUUUAGAGACAUUGUCAGAAUACAUAUAUAUAGAAGGAUCAGAUGAUUAUUAUUAUUAUUAUUAUUGUUGUUGUUGUUCUUGUUGUUAUUAUUACUAUUAUCGCCUCUGUUUUAACUGAAUUAGUUCGAACUUAACCAGCUUCUUCGCAAUUUAAAUUUUAUAAUUCAGAAUGUUGAAAUUUAUGUUCCCAAUUCUACUUGUAAUUUUAUGUUUUCAAUUUAUUCUGUUGUACACUUUGUGUUCUUUGUAUUCAUUGUAUUCAUUGCACUGAUUGUAUUUACACAGCUAAAUAAACAUUAUAUUACAUUA